ACAGUGCAUCCCCAAAUCCUCACACUUUUGCUCUCUUGCAGUCAGUUGCUUUGCUGGCUUCUGCAGGCUUUUAAGGUCUCGCGGCGUAGAAAUGCCUGGCCCCCACCCCCUUCCUCGGUCUCCCCUUUCAAUUCAGAUGUGCUGAUGUGCAGACCGGAUUCAUCUUCUCGGAGCGGCGGCGGCGGCUUUGGGCUCAGGCGGCGGCGGCUCGCGCUCGGCCGCGGAGUCCUGGCAGCAGCGGGGACGCGGCGCGGGAGCCCGAGCACUGGUGGCAGCUGAACCCGCGGGGCGCCGCUGGCCGAGCCGCGGCCGCGGGAAGUUCGGCAGCCAGAAGAACGAUCUGGCAGGCUACGAGCGCCCGCGCCGCCAGAGCCGAGUUUGCCUGCGCCCUCCCCGCCUCCGAAUGCCGAGUUCCUUACCUGCCCUCCGCCCACCCGCGGGCCCCUAGCCAACUUCUCCCUGCGACUGGGGGUAACAGGCAGUGCUUGCCCUCUCUACCGUCCCGGCGGCAUCCACAUGUCUCCGGACACCUGAGCACCGCGGUCCCGCCGAGGAGCCUCCCGGUGGGGAGAAGAGCACCGGUGCCCCUAGCCCCGCACAUCAGCGCGGACCGCGGCUGCCUAACCUCCGGGUCCCGUCCCCUCCUUUUCCUCCGGGGGAGGAGGAUGGGGUUGGAAAAGCUUUCCCUGAGGAUGCUCGUGUGGCUGGUGGCCUCGGGGAUUGUUUUCUACGGGGAGCUAUGGGUCUGCGCUGGCCUCGAUUAUGAUUACACUUUUGAUGGGAACGAAGAGGAUAAAACAGAGACUAUAGAUUACAAGGACCCGUGUAAAGCCGACUGACCACUGCUCUAAGCAGUGUUGGGGCAAUGCCUGGGCUGCCCGAGCCCUUGAAGUUCAAGAAGAAGCACCUGGACUUCUCAUGAGGGCAGGUCAGAGUCAAUCUGUAUUUUGGGGCGAUAUUGCCUUAGAUGAUGAAGACUUAAGUAUCUUUCAAAUAGAUAGGACAAUUGACCUUACGCAGAAUCCCUUUGGAAACCUUGGACAUACCACAGGUGGACUUGGAGACCAUGCUAUGUCAAAGAAGCGAGGGGCCCUCUACCAACUUAUAGACAGGAUAAGAAGAAUUGGCUUUGGCUUGGAGCAAAACAACACAGUUAAGGGUAAAGUACCUCUACAAUUCUCAGGGCAAAAUGAGAAAAAUCGAGUUCCCAGAGCCGCUACAUCAAGAACGGAAAGAAUAUGGCCUGGAGGCGUUAUUCCUUAUGUUAUAGGAGGCAACUUCACUGGCAGCCAGAGAGCCAUGUUCAAACAGGCCAUGAGGCACUGGGAAAAGCACACAUGUGUGACUUUCAUAGAAAGAAGUGAUGAAGAAAGUUACAUUGUAUUCACCUAUAGGCCUUGUGGAUGCUGCUCCUAUGUAGGUCGGCGGGGAAAUGGACCUCAGGCAAUCUCUAUCGGCAAGAACUGUGAUAAAUUUGGAAUUGUUGUUCAUGAAUUGGGCCACGUGAUAGGCUUUUGGCAUGAACAUACACGACCAGAUCGAGAUAACCAUGUAACUAUCAUAAGAGAAAACAUCCAGCCAGGUCAAGAGUACAAUUUUCUGAAGAUGGAGCCUGGAGAAGUAAACUCACUUGGAGAAAGAUAUGAUUUUGACAGUAUCAUGCACUAUGCCAGGAACACCUUCUCAAGGGGGAUGUUUUUGGAUACCAUUCUCCCCUCCCGUGAUGAUAACGGCAUACGUCCUGCAAUUGGUCAGCGAACCCGUCUAAGCAAAGGAGAUAUCGCACAGGCAAGAAAGCUGUAUAGAUGUCCAGCAUGUGGAGAAACCCUACAAGAAUCCAAUGGCAACCUUUCCUCUCCAGGAUUUCCCAAUGGCUACCCUUCUUACACGCACUGCAUCUGGAGAGUUUCUGUGACCCCAGGGGAGAAGAUUGUUUUAAAUUUUACAACGAUGGAUCUUUACAAGAGUAGUUUGUGCUGGUAUGACUACAUUGAAGUAAGAGAUGGGUACUGGAGAAAAUCACCUCUCCUUGGUAGAUUCUGUGGGGACAAAGUACCUGAAGUUCUUACUUCUACAGACAGCAGAAUGUGGAUUGAGUUUCGUAGCAGCAGUAAUUGGGUAGGAAAAGGCUUUGCAGCUGUCUAUGAAGCGAUCUGUGGAGGUGAGAUACGUAAAAAUGAAGGACAGAUUCAGUCUCCUAAUUAUCCUGAUGACUAUCGCCCGAUGAAAGAAUGUGUGUGGAAAAUAACAGUGUCUGAGGGCUACCACGUCGGGCUGACCUUUCAGUCCUUUGAGAUUGAAAGGCAUGACAACUGUGCUUAUGACUACCUGGAAGUUAGAGAUGGAACCAGUGAAAAUAGCCCUUUGAUAGGGCGUUUCUGUGGUUAUGACAAACCUGAAGAUAUAAGAUCUACCUCCAAUACUUUGUGGAUGAAGUUUGUUUCUGAUGGAACUGUGAACAAAGCAGGGUUUGCUGCUAACUUUUUUAAAGAGGAAGACGAAUGUGCCAAACCUGACCGUGGAGGCUGUGAGCAGCGAUGUCUGAACACCCUGGGCAGUUACCAGUGUGCCUGUGAGCCUGGCUAUGAGCUGGGCCCAGACAGGAGGAGCUGUGAAGCCGCUUGUGGUGGACUUCUUACCAAACUUAACGGCACCAUAACCACCCCCGGCUGGCCCAAGGAGUAUCCUCCUAAUAAGAACUGUGUGUGGCAAGUGGUUGCACCAACCCAGUACAGAAUUUCUGUGAAGUUUGAGUUUUUUGAAUUGGAAGGCAAUGAAGUUUGCAAAUAUGAUUAUGUGGAGAUCUGGAGUGGUCUUUCCUCUGAUUCUAAAUUGCAUGGCAAAUUCUGUGGCGCUGAAGUGCCUGAGGUGAUCACAUCCCAGUUCAACAAUAUGAGAAUCGAAUUCAAAUCUGACAAUACUGUAUCCAAGAAGGGCUUCAAAGCACAUUUUUUCUCAGACAAAGACGAAUGCUCCAAGGAUAAUGGUGGAUGUCAGCACGAAUGUGUCAACACGAUGGGGAGCUACAUGUGUCAGUGCCGUAAUGGAUUUGUGCUGCAUGAAAAUAAACAUGAUUGCAAGGAAGCUGAGUGUGAACAGAAGAUCCACAGUCCAAGUGGCCUCAUCACCAGUCCCAACUGGCCAGACAAGUACCCAAGCAGGAAAGAAUGCACUUGGGAGAUCAGCGCCACUCCCGGCCACCGAAUCAAAUUAGCAUUUAGUGAAUUUGAGAUUGAGCAGCAUCAAGAAUGUGCUUACGACCACUUAGAAGUAUUUGAUGGAGAAACAGAAAAGUCACCAAUUCUUGGACGACUAUGUGGCAACAAGAUACCAGAUCCCCUUGUGGCUACUGGAAAUAAAAUGUUUGUUCGGUUUGUUUCUGAUGCAUCCGUUCAAAGAAAAGGCUUUCAAGCCACACAUUCUACAGAGUGUGGCGGCCGAUUGAAAGCAGAAUCAAAACCCAGAGAUCUGUACUCACAUGCUCAGUUUGGGGAUAACAACUACCCGGGGCAGGUUGACUGUGAAUGGCUGUUAGUAUCAGAACGGGGCUCUCGACUUGAAUUAUCCUUCCAGACGUUUGAAGUGGAAGAAGAAGCAGACUGUGGCUAUGACUAUGUGGAGCUCUUUGAUGGUCUCGAUUCAACAGCUGUGGGGCUUGGUCGAUUCUGUGGAUCCGGGCCCCCAGAAGAGAUUUAUUCAAUUGGAGAUGCAGUUUUAAUUCAUUUCCACACUGAUGACACAAUCAACAAGAAGGGAUUUCAUAUAAGAUACAAAAGCAUAAGAUAUCCAGAUACCACACAUACCAAAAAAUAACACCAAAACCUCUGUCAGAACACAAAAGAAUGUGCAUAAUGGAGAGAAGACAUAUUUUUUUUAAAAACUGAAGAUAUUGGCACAAAUGUUUUAUAUAAAGAGUUUGAACAAAAAAAAUCCCUGUAAGACCAUAAUUAUCUUUGUACUAAAAGAGAAGUUUCCAGCGAAACCUUCGUCAGCAUUACAAGGAUAUUUGAACUCCGUGCUUGAUGGUAUUAGUAAAGCUGGUGAAAGGGCAUCACAUACUUCAAGGAAGACUCUACAAGCUUUUGUUCACAGCUUGAAAUAGAUGCCUCACAAUUCAGAGAGUUUAAUUCAGGAGUUGUGACCCUGCAGAGUUCUUUUUGACAAUUUGUCAAGAUUUGGGGACAUAAAAUGAUCUUGCAGGUCAUAAACUGGAAAACACUAUUCUGGUUGUCUUAGGAUAAUUGCUGACUUUGUAUCUUGGAUACAGUGUAAACCAGAUCCAUGUAAGGUGAUGUGAAAUGGGAGUCUUUCGAGGGUGAUUUGUACUUUCCAUGUGUAUGUGUGUGUCUGGUGUUUGGAAACUGGGAUAUUUCAGCUUCAUUAUUUCCACUUGCAGGCCAGCUUAACCUCUGAAACACAAAUGAUCUUGAGACCACUUUAGUGUACUUACAUUUUGAUGAGUUUGAAAUGUCAGUGGUGUCUAUUAUUGCAGUUAAAUUCUAGACAUCAGUUCUUUGUCUCGGAAAAUGUCCAGUGAAAUGGUAAACUUAGUUCUUUUUUUUGGAAGUGCUGCCUUUCACACCAAAUCCAAGAAGCCUGUGAUGUCUUAUGAACCUUAUGAGAAAACGCCGAAGAGGUGUGAGCAGGAUUCUUCUGAAUGACUGUCUGGAUGGUUCAUUACUCAAGUUACUGCUGCUGCUAUUGUCUUUCCUUUGUUGUCGAUCUGUUAUUGUUGUAGCUAUUAUUGUUGAUGUUGUCAUGGUUAAUCUAUUUUUUAAAAAUGAAAUGAAGCGGAAGUAGGUCUUGUGAGAACUGAAAGAUCUCUUUCAUUUUUCUCUUCCUGGGAUUCAUUUUUUCAAAAUGCAAUGCUGGAAAAAAAUGUUUGUUUCUGAAAGACUUCUUAUGGUGCUAUUCCAUAAACUUUUUUUUAAACAAGUUUUUGACCUUUGAGCCAACCCACCUGUAGACUACGAAUGUCUCCCUAUGGCUGGUGGCAUUUGAAGACUAAAGACUUGUCAAAUGUAUCAAGAGUAUAUCAUUGCAAGGGCAACCCUUGUCCUGUGGAACAACUACUUAUAAUGCCUUAGAAUUCUUGCACAUGAUCAAACAGAUCCUCCUAAAACACACCUUUUGAAAUGUUGAACAUAAGAGUGUAUGUUAACUAACAGCUCUCUGAAGAAAAUGCAUUUCCAUGACUGAAGCAUUGGAUAUAAAUACGGUGUCCUGCUUUUUUUGUAGAAAAUGUAAUUUGAGGAUGAAUUUUCUGCUUUAAAGGCAUGUGUGUUUUUAAAAUUAAUGAAUGUAGAUGUGUGAUUGUCUGAGUGAGUGGCACUACAAGAGGUAAAAAAUAAUGGGUGGUUGAAAAGUUAAAAUGUAUGUGCCAAGUUCUACUAGAAUUCCAUUUGAAAUAGCACCUUCCUUAGGUUUCAUGGACAAAUAAUGGGAACUUCUAAUUAUGAUCAAUCCCAUUAAAGAAAGGCUCUUUCCUUUAGAGAAACUCUAUUUUGAUGUCAAUAUAGAUUACUGUAUGAGGUAGCUUUGUUUCUGUUACCUGUCCAUGAGCAUACAACAUUGAAUACAAUUGGGUAUAUUCUUUCAGUUUUACAAAAUUAAACUAUACACACAGAUGUAGCUUAUCUGUUUUUUUUUAAACUGUUGCCCUGAAAAUAUUUCUUGCAUAUGAAUUGUAAAAUGUAAAUACAUUUUUAAAACCAACAUUUUGAUCUUAUUGAAUGUUACUUUGAAAAUGUAUAACUAUUGCCUGCAAUGUAGAUGAGCCUGUUAGUAGAGCUGAUUCAUUCCAGUAACUUCUUCCAUAUUUUCUCACUAAUCUCCAGUUAGCCAAAAUAUGCCAGGAAUGGGAAAGAGGAGAAAAAAUCAUUAACAUUAACACCUAUACUGUUCUAUACUACUCCUACUCCGUGCUAGGAGUGUGCACUAGCUCUUUUUAAAUUCCAUGCUACACUCUGAGGACUGUCAUCAUGUUCUCGUUUUGUAGUUCAGAAAGUGAGGCUCAAAGAAUUUAUUUAACCUUCCCAGAGUCACAGUGUAAAGUUAGAUGUUGAAACCCAGUUUAUCUUAUAUAAGAGUCUCUGCUUGUUCUACAAAGGUAGUAGAAUCAAUCUUGACCUACAUAAAUAGUAGAUUUUUUAUGGUGAAACCUUCCCACAUAAAGUAAAUUUUAGGGGUGAAUUAGAGUAAAACUCUCAAGAUAGGCAUUUUGUUCUUUUCGAGAACAGCAUGAAACUUAGAAUAUCAAUGAUAGCUGUCUUUAAGAAUCAGAAUUAGUACUAGAAAUUUAAAAUAAACUAUAGUUUGGAGUUAGGAUGAACCUUUUGUGAAAAUAAAUAUAUUAAAUUAUUUUGCCUGAUGUGAUAGGGGAAAUGUAUUGGUCUAUAUUAAGAAAUAUUCUGGCUAUUCUGAUUGAUAUCUUACUACGCCAUGGUGAGCUAUGCUCUGCACACUGAGAAAUUAGGUAUUUAGAAGGCACACAGAGAUGUUGCCAUAACUAGGUCUUCAACAUGAAAAUUGAUUUUUAUUGUGUCAUGUCAGAUAUCAGUUUACCGCAUAUUAUUUUUAUAUUAAUUCAACAUUUGCCUUAAACGUGUUGUUAAAUGAAAAUAUAGACAGCUUCAUUGUUGUGUUGUUAAUAAUUGUUAGUUACUGCUCCAGACAUUUUAUUAAAUUAAUUUUUUAAAUUAUUUUCCACCCUACAUCAGUAUAUUGGUUGUGCUUUAUAUUUGCCAAAAUCCUAACUCCCAUAUUGUCCUCUCUGACUAUACAUAGAUCCGGCCACUGCACUCCAGCCUGGGCGACAGAGCGAAACUCCAUCUCAAAAAAAAAAAAAAAAAAAAAAAAAAAAAAAAAUCACUGUUCUCACUGGAUUUUAUUAAAUUAUUUUUAAAAGUCAAUUUUGAAUAUAACUGUAGUUUAUUCAGGAGAUAGUGACUUAACAUAAAUGGACAAAAUAACUUUUUAAAAGAAAUGGAUGAGAAGCAAUUGUGUUUCCAAAACCCUCAAGUAUCCUAUUCCUAUAUGGCUGGAUUUUUGCUAUGUAUGACUCAUUUUAAUAUGUCACAGUAUGAGAUUCAAAUUCUGCUUAACUUUAAGAUAUCUUAGCCUCUUUUAUUUGGUUUGUGAUACUGCUGUAUUUUUGGUGAUAAGCUUCAAAUAUCAAAUUUCGUUCUGCCAUAUAGAAAAAUCUCUAAAAGCACCAAGUAAUUUUAUUUUUGUAAGGUUAAAAUUUAUUUUUUAAAAGAAACAUUAAAUUAUAUAUUUAUGUAGAUUUAGAAGGAGUAUAACCCUGUGUGAAAUUAUAAAUUACUUAAAACAGUUAUCAAAUAUUUGGAAACUAUUAUUUACUAAUAAGAAUAAGACUUGCCUUAUGGAAAAUUUUUGAUGCCACUUGUUAAAUCAGGUAUGGAAGGAGGAAAGCAGAAAAUAUAACUGCCUCCUAAAGAUGUAUAACUUGAGUUGCAGUAAUGCUUUCUAUUUUACAACAACAAAUGUGUAAUAAGAACUUACCAAAAAGAGAAAAAAGGUGGCCGGUGAAUGAAUUGAAAGUUUUUAUCCUUCAAUGCAUGGUAAUUGGUUUCCAAUGAAUAUUUAGCUUUUGGUGUUUUAUGUUAUUGUUAUAAAACUGAGAAACUUUGUCAUUAGAUUAGGAACCAAGUAGUGGGAAUGCUGGCUCUGAUAUUUUGUGAAAUAGCAUUAUUCGUCUCCAAACUUUCUUCUGACAUCUACAUUUUCACUGUCUAGUUUCCAACUUGCCUAACUUUCCCUCACUCCAGUAUAUUGAACCUGAAUCCAAGCUGGCCACGUAACUCUAGUUCCAGUCAUGACACCCUAAUGCAAGUACCCAUGCAGGAUGAAAACAAAGGAAUUAUAAGGCUGUGAACACACUUCACUAUAUAUGACCUCCUUCUCAUCCAAUAUUCUAAGCAGCAAAUGAAUACCAUGAAUAUCAACUUCUAACUUCAAAAAACUUGUAGGUGGAAAUGUAUCUGCAUAAAAAGCAGUUGAAAAGAGAUCUAUUAAACUCUAUGCAGAUUGAGGCACUUAGAAGGUCCAACAUCAGGACUUAUCUUUAUUUAUUGCCAGGUUGGAGGUAUAUGAGUAAAUACUGACAUUGCUUCUGUUGUUAUAUUUCUAUAUGAAUAUAAGCUAACAGCUUCACCAGUCCCUCUGACCUUGUUUUGUCUGUCUGUGUUGUCCUUAUAUCUGGAAAGUUACUUAUAUAACAUUUUAUUUUUGCUCAACUAUCAAAUUUUGAGAGCAUACUUGCAUCUGAAAACAAAUAGCAAUGAAGGUUACUAAACUGAUUUACACUAUUUUAAACAUGUGCUCAAUGCUUCAGUCUAUUUUGCAAAUUACAAUUUAAAAAUAGAUUCAAUGGUGCUUCUUCUAUUGAAUAAUAUUAUAGGAUGAUUAUAUUAGCCACAAUAUUUAAUUAUACAACAAAUCUAAGAAAGAAAAAGUUGCAUUAUCAUUUGAAAGCUCUGUUAGUUUUUUUUUUUGAAGAGCAACUGUAAAAAUUUAGCUAAAUACAAUAAAUUUCCAUCAAAAUAUAAAA